GCCGGGAGUCCGGGUGCCGCCGGUUACUCUUGUGAGUGCCUUUCAGGAAGCCACAGGGCGGGCGGCGUCCGGCCUGAGGACCCGGGAGCGAGUAGCAGGCAGGCCCCGUUUAUGCACAGCCCAGUGACAUACACAGAAGCAUAAAUCCGGCUAGAGAUGGAGCGCCCGGGGGCGCCCAUGUGUGCAGACCCCUAGGCAAGUCAGCAUGCCGUGUGGGCACCUGUCGUGUGAGUAGCUCUGGGCGUGGCUGCUCCUGGGACCUUCCUUUUCUAUAAGAUUUAUUUCUAGGGGCCUACCACCCCUCUCUCCAGAGGGGAACGUAAGAAGUUUAACGGAGCUGGGACUGAGAAGAUUAAAGGAGUGGAACAGAGAAAGAGCCGAAAGGGUGGGGACUGUGGGCGCUGGGGGUAAAGAACCGGUUCUUUGACCCCUCUCCCAGCCUGAAAGGCAUUUUGGAAAGACUGGCGUGACAAAAGUGGCCCUGAAAUGUCUAGAGUGCUGGAACAGUAAGUGUCACUGGGCUGAACCUGGCCAAUUUGUGAUCCAAAGGGAUGCUAGCAGUUAGAAAGGCAAGGAGGAAACUCAGGAUGGGGACCAUCUGUUCCCCCAACCCCAGCGGGACAAAGACCGCUUCAGACGUCUGCAAUGCCGACUGGAUGGCCUCGCUCCCCCCUCACCUCCACAACGUCCCCCUUUCCAAUCUGGCAAUCCCAGGUUCCCAUGAUUCAUUCAGCUACUGGGUGGAUGAAAAGUCCCCCGUGGGGCCUGACCAAACUCAGGCUAUCAAACGCCUUGCCAGGAUCUCCUUGGUGAAGAAGCUCAUGAAGAAAUGGUCUGUGACUCAGAACCUGACCUUCCGGGAACAGCUGGAAGCUGGGAUCCGCUACUUUGACCUGCGUGUGUCUUCCAAGCCAGGGGACACAGACCAGGAGAUCUACUUUAUCCAUGGGCUUUUUGGCAUCAAGGUCUGGGAUGGGCUGAUGGAGAUUGACUCCUUCCUUACACAACACCCCAAAGAGAUUGUCUUCCUGGAUUUUAACCACUUCUAUGCUAUGGAUGAGGCGCAUCACAAAUGCCUGGUUCUCCGGAUCCAAGAGGCCUUUGAAAACAAGUUGUGUCCAGCCUGCAGUGUGGAAAGCAUGACGCUGCAAACCCURUGGGAGAAGAAGUACCAGGUUCUUAUCUUCUACCACUGUCCCUUCUACAAGCAGUACUCCUUCUUGUGGCCAGGAAAGAAGAUUCCAGCACCUUGGGCAAAUACCACAAAUGUGAGAAAACUAAUCCUCUUCUUGGAGACCACCCUGAGUGAGCGGGCCCCCCAGGGCUCCUUCCAUGUCUCCCAGGCAAUUCUUACCCCCAGAGUGAAGACCAUCGCCCGAGGCCUUGUGGGGGGCCUCAAGAACACCCUGGUUCAUAGGAAUCUUCCCGCCAUCCUGGAUUGGGUGAAAACUCAGAAGCCUGGUGCCAUGGGUGUCAACAUCAUCACGUCUGACUUCGUGGACCUGGUGGACUUUGCCACAACCGUCAUUGAGUUGAAUGACCUUCUGCAGGAGGACAGAGCUUUGGCUAAAUGCUGAUUUGUUUAUUUAACCUAGGGUUGAAGUUGUUGAUCCAGGGUAGAAUUCUUUGAAGAAUUUCCUGUUGGGGUGGCCCCUGGGCAGUGGUAGUGAAAAGAGGAGGAGUGCUUCUUUUUUUCUUUUCCUUCCUCACAGGGCCAUUGGGAUAACAUUACAGGGCCUUCAGUUGCAUUUUUCCCAAAUGAGACUUUUAAAAAGCUUAAGUCUAAGGGAAGAAAGCAUGUUUCAUGUGCUCAAGGUCAGAAACUCCACAGUGACUUGAGGUAGUGAAUGGAAUAUGGAAAUAGGGUCUCCAGUCCAUUGGAAUAUGGAGUAUCCCUCAAUUGAUCCAGUUCUCUAUUGGUUUCCAGGGUCUUGUGUUUGAGCCAGUGAGAAGGCUAAGCCAGAAAGGUAUUCCUGGUCCAAAGGAUGACUCAUUAUUGCAGGUUUGGACUGCCCUGUGGCUGGCUCUAACUUCAACUUGAGGUUCUGUUCUGGGAGGACAGGAAGCCAAGYAUCAGUUCUCUCCAGGGUUGUCGAAUGUCUCUACUACUUCCCUGAGGGAAUAAGACCUGUUUGUCACCAAGGUGUCUCAUCUACAUGCUGUUUAUGCAUACCUUGUGUUGGUAACUGGUCACCUGAAUUCUUCAGUUAAACAGUGCAUACUGCCCUUGAUAUCAGAAAUGUUUUCUAGUUUUAAAGCAUUAAUUCCUUUCUAGUAUAUGGGGGGGCCCUUCUUAAAAGGGAAGGAACAACGAUGGGAGAUCUUUUUGGUACAGGGCCCACCAAGAGAUAGACAUGCAUGUUUGCUGCAUGCCAUCUUUCUUUGAUUUAAUUCUCUAGUAGUUUUCUAAAAUAACUGCCGAGUGAACACCUGCAUCAUUUUGGCAAAGUCCUCUUUGGAUUGGGGUCUUCAAGCCAGACCUUGGAAUUGCAUUUCAUUGUUGUCUGCUUAUGACUGAGACCUGCACAUUGGCAUACAGUGCCAAGUAGAAGGCACUUUGUCCAUGACACCAUGGAGGCUGACGCAGGAUGCAUGGGAGAGUACACUGGCAUUAAAGGAGGAAGCUCCAAGUGGGUUUGGAGCCAUUCUAAAACUCCUGGAAAACAAGACUACCUCGAGGACCUUUAGGAUGACUUGUGUGUCAUCGAGUGAGAAAUACCCAGUGUUGGGACUUUUCCAGUGCUUGUCUGAUUGCUCUACUUUCUGCAGGUUGUUCUGAGCCUACUUAUCACUACUGCAUGAGGGCUUUGAAACUCAAGAGGGGAAUUUUUUUAACUGAUAAGAGGUGCUUAUCUAUAAAGAGCCCUCUUGUGUUUUGGUUUAUUUAUUUAUUUAUUUAUUCAUUAUUUAUUUAUAGAGUAAGUAUCUGCUGUGCUUCUGACCUCAAGAGCACUCACACAGRAGAUAACUGACCUUUCCUUGCCCAGAACAGACGCUGCCACAGCCUUCCUCCCCUUACCAGGACUGUGCAUCUCAGGUCUGUGAGUGAACUUGGAUUCUGCGGCAGGUGUCCUGGCUCCCCUAAACCUGCUGAGGACAAUGUGGAUGUGUAGAUGUGAUCCAGAUCCAAGAACAACUGUCGAACCACACACAGGGACAGAAGAUGGAAUGGGUCAUGAAGAACUCUCAAUCCUUGAGUAGACCCUCCAGCAGAAAGCUGGAAAGAAAGAAGCCAGAAAUAAAACUGGGCCUCAGGAUGCACUCAUUUUGAUGUCCCUCAGCCCUGUUAUAUUGAUGGGCUCCCUAAGGAAGUGUCAGUUUUGGGAUUUUUAAAGAGAAAAUAUAAACCUGGAAUCCGGAAUGGAUGUGGGCAUUUAUAAAGAUUGCUGGACUCUUCUUCCAGCAGUUUCCCAUUUCUGUCCUUUGAUUUCACAGAUUUUUUGCACAUUGCCUGUAUUGGGGGAUAUCUUAGGUGAGCUACCAACAGCACCUACGUCCCCCCAUCUACUGGUCUUCCAGCCUUCACUUUCUGUAAAGCAGCUUAAGCCCUGACCUUUUGCAUCCUCAGCUCAAGAAGAUCACAACAGGAAUGCCUAUGGGAAAAUCUGGUUUAACUUUCCCUGUUCUUGUAUUUGAACUCUUCCCUGAAGAGGUUUCUAGGAUAAUAUUGUCAAAUUCUGUAGGGCCUAAGAAGGUGGGUGUCCUCACUUUCUAAAUUUUCCCUCAGUUCYGCUGUUGAAGUCUAAUGACUGGCUCUGAAAUCCCUAGCUUAACCUCCGGGGUUUAUUUUUGUUUUUAUUGCUCCAUUUUGGUUUGGUUUUUAAUUCUUGGUCAUUUGCUAAGGACCAGAUCAUUUUUCCUCUCCUAACCCUGUGGUACUUGACAAAGAGAUAAGGAGGCAAGAGGAGAAUUAUUCUGCUCUGUUUUAUUUGAGCCUCAGCUUUGUCCAGGUGCUUGGUGCUAUGAGUCCAGGUGUUUUGACAGGUAUCUGCACAGGAGGUGAGCAACACCCAAUGGCUGCUGACUGUCCAGUAAAAUGUUUACUUGAUGUUCUUUCUUCAUUUUUAAAUAUAUAGUUGCACUUCUCUUGAAUUAUGACAUUUAAAUGCAUCUUGGUAUUUGCAUGCUAAGAGAAAAAUCUUGGAGCACGACACAGAAGAACAGAAAAAUCCUAAGAUUUCUUGUACAAAGCCUAGCUCUGCAUGAGCCCAUGCUGGCUUUUGCUCCUCCAUGCUGCUCUGGGUUGCCAGCCUUGCUUGAAUUUUGCAAAUCUGCACUAGAGUUCUGGGAGGAAGGAGGAUUUUUUCUUAGUAAAUACUCAAAUCUCUGCCCCCAGAAAAAGGCACACUUUAUUGCAAAAAAAAAAAAAAAAAAUGUGUGCAUUCUGUUCCUUGAUCAUGAGGUUACACAGGAGAACUCCGGCACAUGACACAGAGAGAAAGUAGACUUUAGGUCAAUGACUUAUUCUGCAACCAUAAAAAUGGUGAUCCAUCCCCAUCACUUGUUCCAACAAGUUCUGAGUGAUCAAAACAAGAUCAAACAAAGACUCUCACACUUGCUCAGACUUAACUUCAAGAUCAGCUAAACAGCUACUUGAUUAAGCCAAUGAGGAAUUAAUCUCACAGAAUUUGGAGUCCUAUUUACUCAGAAAUAUAACUGUUUUUUUUCAUGAGCUCCAUCGACCAUUCCAAYACCAUCACAUUUCCAUGAUUUUGUGGCAAAGGGACCAUCACAGAUUUCAAAUCAGUGAAAAUAGUGUUUUAAAGGCUUGGACUUUUAGCUUAUUAGAGGUACCAUGUGGUGUCAUGGAAAGAGAAGAUAUUCUGAAGACUGGAGAGAGAGGUCAAGAUAGAAUUGAUGGAAUAAAAUGAUAAGUUAUUGAGGAUUAAAGUUUUUUAUUAAUGGCAGAUGAAAGAGGGUCAUGCAAGAUUUUUUUUAUAUCUGCUGCAUUUGACUCAAUAAUAACUGUUUAGUCAUUUUCCUUAGUGCUGAGUCCAGAGUCCUGAAUUUUUGAAGUUAAGCCACAGUUCAAAAUCCAAGUUUUAAAUAAAUGCAAAGAAAAGCACAAGAUCUGAGCCCAGGUGAUGCUAUAUCUUAACUAUUUUAUAGUUUCUUCUUGCAUGACCUCAUAUUUACAUAAAAAAUUAUGUUUCUGUCCAAGAGGACAAUGUAAUAGAGCACCUUUCUUAGGAAGAAAAAGGGCUUACACAAAAUCAGGAUAUUGCAGAUUGCAUUCCUGCCAGAGAAGUUUUGCAGUGUUCUUCAUUGCCUGUUAGGUUCUGGGAAACAGAAUUGGCUAAUGAAUGAGACACUGCCAUAAGACUCCACUCCCUUAGCUGAGCAAGCAACCCUGUGCAAAAUUGUCCCUAGUUCUUUCAUCUGUAAUAAAGAUGCAGUCUGCUACCUAGUGAUGAGUGUUUGGAAAACCUUGGUGACUGGUUCCUGAAAAUAUAAGAUCCCUAUGUUUAGAUUAAAUGCCUUUUACUCAGGGGAUGUACAGUUGUGGUAAUUCUUCUUUCUAUGUAUGUGUAUAGAGAAUCCAACGUGGGCUCACUUCCUAAAAAAGUGUGGUGUAGGUUGACAGAACUUGACUGGGAAUGGCACCUUCUGUAUUAUGUGUAAUGAAAUAUGUAGGGCUCAAAAAACCUUCCAACAUGCUUAUGGGUUUCUGAGAGGUGGGCUUUCUCCAUAUAUGCUAAAUAGUCUUGUUAGGCCAAGAGGAAAUUUGGUAUGGCACAGAAGAAUAUGGUUGCCCAUUGAAA